AUGGAAAGUUCAACAUUUCAUUUGUGGACCAAUUCCAACAACAUCCCUUCAUCGAAUUUGUUACUCGUUUGCGACUUAUAACCAACUCUCAAUUCAAAAAUACUUUAAGGUGAUAUUUCUCUAACUCGUAAUAUCUUAAUGUCUCCAAUUAGAGGAUUUAGUAAAAUAAGAAUCAGUUUCGAUAUCUACUAUUUUGGUUUAUGGAAUUCUGUAGAGGCAUUAACUGUAUAUGCCAACAGUUUGUUAGUGCAUUAUGAAACUCCAAAUAACAGUUAAUUAGAAGACUAUCCAAUGAGAUUUUGUAUGUCAAGACCUUUUGGGAGAUCGAAUUCUGAAAAAAUAUCAAGAAUAGAUUAAGCAAUAUCAUUUAAUGAUCCUUAAUUAAACAUUGAGAUUGUUCAUGAGUAAUAUACUACUGGUUUGAACAGCGAUUAUGGAAUAACAAAUUUUGUAUUAUAAGUCUUUUAUUGUGACGAUCUUUGUGAAGAAUGUGAUGAAUAUAAAUGCUUGACAUGUAAGUUAGGAUAUGAAUUGAUAAAAUCAUAAUGUAGAUGCAAUCCAUUUAUACAUUAUUCAUUUUUUAAUCCAGAUUUGUAAUGUCUUUAUGAAUGUCCAAUUGAUCAUGUGCCUGAUGAGAAUGGUGUUUGUUAAUUGGCAACAAUAAACAAUAUCUAUAUGGAUUUGGAUUAGGAUAACUUCAAUAUUUACAAAUUCCAAUAUAUUCCUGAUAAAUAUUAUAGUUCUAUUUAAUUGAUGACGCAAACUAUUGGAACAAAGAGCGUGGCUGGUAUGUUUGGUAAUACAGACAAAAUUGUGUAUAAUGACCUUUCAUUACCUGCAAAUGGGUAAUAUGAGAUGAGAUUUACAUUGUACAUGACUGGUCAAAUGGGUAGUAUGAUGCUAGAAGAAAUAUUAAUUAAAUUCAAUUAGUUUGUGGUCGUCAAGAUACAAGACUUUCAAUUAGUUUUCUUAUUCUCAUACUUUAAGCAGGGUAAUAGAGUAACACCUAAAGAAAUUUGCAAUUCUCCUGACUAUUAAUAAUGUAAGUCAUACUCAAUUUAUAUAAAAUUUGAUCUGGUAGAAACAGUCAAUGAAAUCGAAUUCGAUUCUAAAUUUAGAUUAAAUAAGGCAUCACGGAAAUGGGGAAUCAGAGAUUUCGUAAUUAAUGAGUAUUAAAUGACUAGUAAUCAAAUGAAUUGCUUAAAUAAUUGUUAUACUUGUAAAUUCAAUAAACUGAAUAUCUGUUUAUCUUGUAUGGGCAGUAGAAAUCUAUUUAAGGGGAUGUGUAUUGAUUAAUGCCCAGAUUAUACAAGUGCGAUCAACAAUGUUUGUGUUGAUUCACAAAUAGUCAAUAACAAUUAGGAGUAUCUGACCAAUAUGUUUCAUGAUUUGAAUCAUCAAUACUUGGAGUCUUAUUCAAAUAAAUUAAGUUUGAAAUCAUAUACCUACUUUAUGAACAAGAUAAUUUUAGGUGGACUAAAUUUUUGGAGCAAUGAACAGGUGAUACAUAAAUUGAAAAACAAGAGACCAUUUUACAAAAUAAAAUUAGAUUUCAAGUUAGUAUUCAUUGAUUCAAAGAACAAUCAAAUUUAAUUUAGAACAAGUGUAAAUUCUGAAAUUCCAACAUAUUCAUUAUUUGGAAGUGGAGUUUCAGUUGGUAAUCAAAUUGGUUAAUCUGAGAUUGAGGUGAUUUAGAGUGUCAGUUAUAUGAAAUCAUUCUAAUCCACUAAUGAAUUAUCAGUGCAAUUACACUGCAUUAGAAAUAUUGACAGUGAGGCAUAUUGUGGGAUAUAUGAUUAUAGGAUUAUCAUUUGGACUUGUUAGGGCAAUUGUUUAGAAUGUGACGAAAAUGGAAAUUGUUUGAAUUAAAUAGAUACUAUAAGUACUGACUUCAAUGGAUGUAAGCUUGGAUAUUAUAUGAAUAAUAAUGGGGAGUGUCUUAUUUGUGAUAUUGGAUGCAGUAGUUGUAAUGGACACUCAGAUUGUAUUACAUGUCUAGAUGGAUAUGAAUUGAGAAAUAAAAUAUGCUAUUGUUCGUCUCUAAAGGAUGUGAUUGAAUAUUGUUCACAAACUAAUUGCUUUCAUAAUUGUCAGACCUGUUUAAAUGAUAGAGUAGAUGUUGGUGUAAUACGUCCCAAACAUCCCAAUAAUUGUUUAUCUUGUGAUGAAUCCAAGAAUUUAUGGUUGAAUGUUAAUUAAUGCAUGUGUCUAGAUGGAUAUUAUAUGGAGAAUUUUAGUUGCUAUUUAUGCUAUCCAACAUGUAGAAAGUGUUAAGACAGAGCUCGAUAUUGUUUAGCUUGUCUUCCAGGAUAAAAUAGAGUAUUGGAAUCAUCCUCUUGUGAAUGUCAAUUAGGCUAUUUUCAAGAAGAUAAUGAUUUAGUAUGUUCUAAAUGUUCAGAUCUAUGUCUUAAGUGCAAUUUUACUAAGGAUCGAUGUAGUUAAUGUCAUCCUGCUCACAAUAGAAUACUUGCAAAUGACACUUGUAUUUGUAUGGAUGGGUAUUAUGAAGUUGGUUAAUUGAUUUGUUAAAUGUGUCCUUCUACUUGUAAAACCUGUCUAGAUGCUAAUACUUGUACCUCAUGCCAUGAUAAUCAAUUUAGAGUUAUGAGUAUUAACAAUAAAUUUUGUACAUGCUAAUCAGGAUACUUUCAACGGUCUUCUGUUGUUUGCGGAUUGUGCCAUAUAUCAUGUCUAGAAUGUUCUAAUAACACAAACUAAUCCUGUACUAGAUGUCCUAGUACUAGGGAACCUCUGAUAACAAAUAAUACUCUUGAGUUCUCUUGUAAAUGUAGAAGGGGAUAUUAUGAAUCCAAUGAAAAGGAAUGUUUGAGUUGCAAUGAUUAUGUCAAUCCUCCAACUACUCAUUACUGCUAUUCAAAGUGUGGAGAUGGUAUUAUACAAUGGAAGGAGGAUUGCGAUGAUGGCAAUGAUAAUUAUAGAGAUAAUUGCUAUAAGUGUUUAAAUGGUAACUCGUUUUGUUUAGAUUACACAUGCACUGCUUGUGAUGCUGGUCGUUGCACAGCCUGUAUCGAUGGAUUCUAUUUAACACAAGAUUCUAUAUGUCUGCCUUGUGAUCAAAGUUGCAAGACUUGCAUACACUAAUCGGAUAAUUGUACUGAUUGUAUUGUAUAUUAACCUGAUGGAUCUGGAUGUGUAAUCUGUAACCAAGAUCAAGGUUAUCAAAUCUAAGGAGAUUAAUGUGUCCAUAUCUGUGGAGAUGGUAUCAAAGUUUAGAAUGAACAAUGCGAUGAUGGAAAUCUAGAGAAUAAUGAUGGUUGUAAUCAAUAAUGUCAAAUCGAAGAAGGUUAUUAAUGUUAGACUUUAUGUGAAAAGAUAAUCUAUCCAUCUAUUAUAUUUGAGUAAAAUCCCUAUGAUAAUAAAUACGAUUCAUAAAGAAUAGUAAGAAUCAAGACAGAUUAAAAGGUAUCAAUAUCUGGCAGUAUCAAUUCAAUUAUGAAAUUCAAAAUCAAUAAUCUAAAUUAAUACGAAAUCUCUAUCAUCGAUCUAACAUAAUACUCUGAUUUGUAUACUUAAUUGUUUCUAGAAUUGAACAUCCAAUUUCAAUCAGUAGUUUCAAGUCCUUAAUUAAUUUGUUAAAUAAUAGAUCAAGAUGCGAUCCUCAAUUAAUAAGGCAAUACAUUCAAAGAGAAGAAUUAUGUUACUUCCUUAUUGGAAUUUCAGGCUCCUUCAAAUUCAACGGAGAGUGCAACUGAUGGCUUAAUGAAAUUGAGUAAGUACAUUUUGUACCUGCUCUUUGGAUUCGCUGUUUUGGCAUUUCUGUUUGGAGGUCUGAAUAUAUUUUGGAAUCUCUUGGAUGUUCUGCAAUUAGUAUCCUACUUACAAUUUUUGAAUGUGGAAUAUCCUUACAAUGUUAAGAAUUAUUUUACUAUAUUUGGAUUUGCCCAAUUCGAUUAUAUUAAGCAAUAUAUUAAUUUAGAAUAAUACAUUAGUGAAUAUGUGAAUACACCAGAUGCAGAUCCCAAGUUUCGAGAUGAAGGAUACUCUACAGUCUUCUAUGUAAACAUCAUAACAGUUUUGACUGUGUUCAUAACUACAUUGAUCACUUUCAUUGGAUGUAGAAUGCUGUUUUCAACUUUGACUAAGAUUUCACAUUCUUUUAUUUAUGCUCCCAUUGAUUUACAGGAACAAAGUGUGUGCACAUUCUUCAUCUACAGAAUUACUAGAAACUUAUAGCAAUCCCUCUUAAAAAUCAAUUAGUAAUUUAUGUCUGGAGUGAUUCGCACAUUCACGGCAGUUGCCUUUGAUUAUAACUUAGCUUUGUUUCUGUAAAUAAAGGAUGUGUAUUUGAGAGACCCAAUCUUAUUCUCCAGUUUUAUAUUUUGCAUAAUUGCUUUGUUUUUAGAGAUGGCAUUCAUUUACUCGGCAAUACUGUUCAUGUCAAAACCAGAUUAUGUUUUCAAAUAGAGAGUGACACAAAAUAAUUAUGGAGCAAUAUAUGAAGGCGUAAAGUUGGAGAAGAAUCCAUUCACUUAUUACUUCAACAUAAUCUUAUUGAUAAAGAAGAUGUUAUUCAUGAUGUUUUUAGUUAUGUUUUACUCAAUGCCUUACAUUUAGAUUGGAUUGGUGUCCUUAUUAAACAUGGCGAUGGCUGCUUAUUUGAUAAAAGUGAAACCUCUUGAAGAUAAAGAUGAAUUAAUUAAGCAAGUUGGAUCUGAGAUGAUUAUUUGGUUAGCAGAAUUGUUUAUAAUGGGUUUAGCCAUUAAUGAGUAAUCCAAUUAAUUGGAAGAGAAUGGAAAAUUGAAUUUAGGAUGGUUUGUCAUAGCAUCUACAUCCUUUCUUAUAUUGUUUCAAUUGUUCAUCGAUAUUAAGUAGCAUAUCAACUUCUUAAUUCAUGAAUAUGCUAUAAUCAAAAAGUUGAUUGAUAGAAUCAGAUUGUUUGUUAGUAAGUAAGAACCAGAAGAGGAACAAAAUAUAUUCCUUAAGGGAAGAAGAAGACUAGGAUUUGAGAACAUUACUACAUUCAAUAAUCUCAAUAGUACAAAGAAUAAUAGAUCCACUUGCCAUUUUAAAUAAGGAAGAGUUGCAACAUUUACAGUCAGCUCAAGUAGCAGCUGA